GCACCCUCCUCCCCCUCCAGAGCAUCAAUGACAAGCUGGUCGGUUAACAGCAAACACUACACGUCCAUGUGGGCUUUGAUGGCUGUGACAGAUCACCGUCUGGGUUCAGGGUUUGCCCCCCUUUAGUCCAGCACCAAUCUGAGGUGGGCAAAGGGAGGGGGCGGGAAGGUUAGUUUGAAGAGGGCAGAGCUUUGCGCGCGCGGACGCCGAAUUAUCCGUUAUUUCUCGACUGAGAGGAGAAAAGAAAGAAAGAAAAAAAGAUCCCUUCCAAGUGGAUAAUAACAGUUGAGGGAGAAAUCAUUGGGACUGAACGUCAGAAGCUAAUUAACUCUCAGGAAACCGUGAAGGAAGACAAAACAGCCAGAGACGCAGCAGCAGCUGGGUUGUCUUUGUAAGCAGACAUGGCCCCUCUACCCUGGAGAGCUAAAUCACAGGACCUGGCCUUGUGGGUUCUCCUCCUGCUCCUCAACCUACUUCCUGAAACCAGGGCUGUAGUCGGACACAGAGAGCCGCUUCCCGAUGACAGCAAAGACAACAUCACCAUUUUUACCCGAAUCCUUGACAGGCUGCUGGAUGGCUAUGACAACAGGCUACGUCCUGGGCUGGGAGAAACUGUAACAGAAGUGAGGACAAACAUCUACGUGACAAGUUUUGGGCCGGUGUCAGACACAGACAUGGAGUACACAAUCGACGUCUUCUUUCGUCAAAGUUGGAGGGAUGAGAGGCUGAAGUUUGAUGGACCCAUGCAGGUACUGCCUCUCAACAACCUGCUCGCCAGUAAGAUUUGGACCCCUGAUACGUUCUUCCACAACGGAAAGAAAUCAGUGGCCCACAACAUGACGACUCCCAACAAACUGCUGCGACUGGUUGAUAACGGGACACUUCUCUACACCAUGAGGUUGACCAUUCAUGCAGAGUGCCCCAUGCACCUGGAGGAUUUCCCAAUGGAUGCACACGCCUGUCCACUCAAGUUUGGAAGCUAUGCGUACACCAACAACGAGGUGAUCUACCUGUGGACCCAGGGGGAUGAGAGGUCUGUGGCAGUGGCAGAAGAUGGCUCCAGACUGAACCAGUACGAUUUGCUGGGACACGUUAUUGGAAAAGAAACCAUCAGUUCCAGCACAGGAGAAUAUGUAGUGAUGACGACGUAUUUCCAUUUGAAACGGAAAAUUGGCUAUUUUGUAAUUCAGACCUACCUUCCCUGCAUCAUGACUGUCAUACUGUCUCAGGUCUCCUUCUGGCUUAACAGAGAAUCAGUUCCAGCACGCACUGUGUUCGGGGUCACCACAGUCCUAACCAUGACCACCCUGAGCAUCAGUGCCAGAAACUCCCUCCCCAAGGUGGCCUACGCCACAGCCAUGGACUGGUUCAUGGCCGUGUGCUACGCUUUUGUCUUCUCUGCCUUGAUUGAGUUUGCGACAGUUAACUACUUCACCAAGCGCAGCUGGGCGUGGGACGGGAAAAAAGAGGGCAUGGAAAUAAGGGAACCGUUUCAGGCUAACAUGGCAAGGAUUAAAGAUAUGAGAAGAGAAUCUGCCACUUUGGCCAAAAAAUCAAACAACACCUUCAACAUUGUCGGGACCACUUAUGCAAUGAACGUAGCCAAAGACCAAGGCUUAACGACCAUUUCCAAGAGCGCCGGGGGAGCCACGGCCAAGCACUCCUAUCUGCACAAAAUGGAUGACCCCUACACAGAGGCAAAGAAAUCCUACAACCGUGUCAGCAAAGUGGACAAGAUAUCACGCAUCAUUUUCCCAGUGCUGUUCUUCAUCUUCAACCUGGGCUACUGGGCGACAUACGUGAACAGAAAACCUGCCAUCAUGAAGGCCAACAACCUAAACUGAAUUUUACCAAACGCUAGGCUCGGAUUUGGAGUGUAGACAUGUUUCCAGAAGGCCAAGUCCAUCCCAUCUUAAUGUGUGUGCGCACGUACUGUGUUUCUGUUUGCUCCUAAACAUCUUGUUUUGUUUGCUUGUUUGUGUAGACAGAAGGCAAACUCCAACACACAUAGGUCAUAGUGGACCUCAGUGGGUACAUCCUCACAUCUACCUGACUUUGUUUGGGGGAUUUGUUCCCCUUUCCACAAUUAGCUCUGGCCCUGUUCCCUAGUGAGUCCUCAAAUUGUGCAUUCACUGUGUUUUGACAUGUUUGGGUUCUGCUCAUGAGAAGUAAGAGUAAGCAUUCAUUUGAAGCUCUCAUUGCAGCUCAUUACCAAUGAUAAGGCAUUGGCAAAUCCACCGAGUUGACAACAUGUAUGCACAUGCAGGAGAUGAUGCUACAUUAAACAGAAGCCGAGAUAUUUGCUGUUGGCUUUAAAACACCCUUAUGGAUCGGGGGGUCUGUUUUAUAGGAGCAUCAUUAAUAAUUGUCUGGCCAUCUGCUCGUACUGAACCUCAACAGUUGCUGCAGUCCUGAGGGGCUGCCGUCUCGUCCACCGGCUCCUUUUGUUCGCUGAGUGCGUUCAAAGACAGCAAAGUUAUGUGCCUUGGUAAAUACACUCAUCACGAAGAACAAGGCUUGCUUACUCUCACAUUAGACAACACACACACACGUUUCAAAACCUGUCCACAGCGACCAGUGUUAAACUGCCUACCAGUAUGAAGGGUUAACUGACCUCUGCCUGUGAGAAGAUCAAGCUAAGAUAGCCCGGAUCCAAUUUAUUUUCAGACACAGAGUCAACUGUUACCUCAGAGUGAAGUCCUGACUGCAGCUUGGGUUUGUAAAUUAAAUGUACGUUUCUUAUCAAAUCAUACCAAACACUUUCCAUGAAAUCUUUUGCAAGCCGAUGUCCCUGAAAUCUGUGUUUUCAUUUUUCCUUCUUCCUCCAUAAAUGUGAUGCAUUUCUUUCUCACCUAGUUUUGACUGGUGAAUCAUUGGUUUUGUGUUUGGUAAAGACCAAAAAGUGACCAUUUUAUUAAGUUGGAGAGUCUGCGAAUAGUGAGGUCGAGACUUAUAAAAGCUGGCUGUAUUUAAAUGCUCACAUAGAGGAGCUAAAAACUGGCAGAACUACUAUUUUCCAUAUUUUCUGCACUAUAAGAAGCACCGGAUAAUAAGGUACACUGUCAAUGAAUGGUCUAUUUUUUAACUUAUGGCGCACCGAACAAUAAAGCGCAUUUAAAGAGAAAUAAAGAGCCUGAGAUAAGUCCAUCAGGCUUUUGUCAGUCGGACUUUAUUAUUUAUGUGCACAGUAACUCUAGAACUUGUUUGUUACAUGUUACACAUUAGCCAUGUUAGAAUUCUUGCCUACGUUAGCAUAAUGACAAUACCUCUUACUCCCAACCUUGUGUGCUACACGUAAAAAAACAGACUGAUACUGCUAAUACAACCAUUACUGUGACUACUAACUCCAAACCUUGUUAGGAACGUAAAAAAGUAAAUGCAGUCCGACAUGCCACACAUUAGCUGCAUUAGUGUAUUUACAAUACCUGUAGCUCCGAACCUUGUUUGCAAUACCUAAAAAAAACAAAACAGAUAACACUAAAAUUAACAUUAGUGUGAAUAUGCUAACUCUCAAUCUUGUUAGUACCACAUCAACAAAAGACAGUCGGACACUGCCACAUGUUAGCCAUAAUCGCGUUUUCGCAAGAAAACACCCAACCUUGUUUGCAGCCUUGUUUGACAGAGCACCAUGAACCUCUCAAAAUCUCUUCGACAUUAGUAAAAACAACCAGAAAUUAAUCCUUGUAUAAGGCAGGUUUUUAAGAGCGUCUUAUAGUGCAUAAAAUACAGUACAGGUUACUGAGUGACAUCUAGUUUCAAACUCUUGUUUGCACCUAAACAUGUCAGUGAUCAUCUCUACUGAGAUUUUAAAUUUUAUGCACAUCUACUUAUAGUUCUGUUAUGCCUUUUUGC